UUCCUUUCCCCUCGACACAAAGAGAAGAAACCAAAAAAAAAAGAAAAACGACAAAUCCCUAAGAUCCACCCCAGAAAACAAUGGCGCGCCGAUCCCUCCCCAAUCUCCUCAAGCGCCUCUCCUUCACGGCGGCGCCACCGCGCUCCCGCACCAUCACCUACAUGCCGCGUCCCGGCGACGGGACACCGCGGGCCGUGACGCUGAUCCCGGGGGACGGGAUCGGUCCCUUGGUGACGAACGCGGUGGAGCAGGUGAUGGAGGCGAUGCACGCGCCGGUGUACUUCGAGCGGUACGAGGUGCACGGAAACAUGAAGAUUUUCCCGGCGGAGGUGGUGGAGUCGAUCAGGAGGAACAAGGUUUGUCUCAAGGGCGGGCUGAUCACGCCCGUCGGCGGCGGGGUGAGCUCGCUGAACGUGCACCUGAGGAAGGAGCUGGACCUGUACGCGGCGCUGGUGAACUGCAGGAACAUGCCGGGCUUGCCGAUCCGGCACGAGAAGGUGGACAUCGUGGUGGUGAGGGAGAACACGGAGGGGGAGUACGCCGGGCUCGAGCACGAGGUGGUUCCCGGCGUUGUUGAGAGUCUUAAGGUGAUAACGAAGCACUGCUCGGAGCGAAUUGCAGAGUACGCCUUCGAGUACGCCUACCUGAACAACAGGAAGAAGGUGACGGCGGUGCACAAGGCCAACAUCAUGAAGCUCGCCGACGGCCUCUUCCUCGAAUCCUGCCGGGAGGUCGCCGAACGGUACCCUGCCAUCGCCUACAACGAGAUCAUCGUCGACAACUGCUGUAUGCAGCUCGUCUCCAGGCCCGAGCAGUUCGACGUCAUGGUCACUCCGAACCUCUACGGCAACCUCGUCGCCAACACGGCCGCCGGAAUCGCUGGAGGCACCGGCUUCAUGCCCGGAGGGAACGUGGGAGCGGACUAUGCGGUGUUUGAGCAAGGCACAUCAGCCGGAAACGUGGGGAACGACAAGAUCAUAGCGGAGAAGAAGGCGAAUCCGGUGGCGCUCCUGCUUUCGUCGGCAAUGAUGCUCAGGCACCUCCAGUUCCCGUCGUUCGCCGACAGAUUGGAGACCGCCGUCGGGAGGGUGAUUGCUGAAGGGAAGUGCCUGACUAAGGAUCUCGGCGGGGACAGCACCACCCAACAGGUCGUCGACGCCGUGAUUGCCAACAUCGACUGAUCAAUUUGCUUUGUUUGGAAUUUUUAUUUGAUUGAUUCAAUGGAGAGAAACAGAGCACUCUGCCCUCCCAAUUUUUCCCGCGCCAUUUUGAAAUAAACUAAUACAUAGAGAGAAUGACAGAUCCCCACAUUUUAAUGUUCUUUGAUUUCUUGCACCGAUUUUUUUGAAUAAACUAAUACGAUUUCUCCCCAACUGUUUCCUUUGCACUUGCUUGUUCAAUGAUAUCUUCGAUCAACAUGGUAACAUUUGUGUGAGAGGAGCCUCGAUUUUCCACGGCUCGUUUCGCCAUUUCGGCAAGCUCCUUUGCUCUCUUCCUUCUCCAUUCUCCUUCCGCUCCUCCAUCCAUCGCCAGCCUCACCGCUCUCUCCACUUGCUCCUUCUUCACCAGUGCCUCCUCAUCUGUCUCCUCCUUCACGUCCCAGAGCGUGGGGCGCGAAGCUCCAACUUUCACUCCAGUUUUCAUCACCUCGACGAUCAACUUCUCGUUGC